CCACAACACAGCGGCGCAGACCCGUGAAACUCGUGGAUAUACUUCCGCAAACAUGAGCCACUCAACGUAAAGAACGCGAGGCACUGCCGACUACCGAUUGAAAAAAAAAAGAAUAAAACAGCGACACCUGGCGGGCAGCACGGACUCUGCACCCCUCUCUGUCCCUGUGUUCAUGUGUCACGCAGCUGCGCACCUCCUCCCGGGGCGCCGUUGUUUCAUUUGCGCCAUUUUGUCCGCUCACUUUGUUGAUUGGGCUUUAGCGAGCUGUACUGGAGCCAAUCAGAGGGAAACCGGACAGCGAAGAAACGAGAGGAGGAUUGUGACAAUAAUAAGCUAUGGAGCAGUACACCACUGCCACCACUACUACUGGGGAGCAGAUAGUUGUGCAGACUGCCAAUGGACAGAUCCAGCAGCAGGUGAGCUCAGAACAGACACAGGGCACAGUGACGGCUGUGCAGCUGCAAACAGAGGCGCCGGUGGUGACGGCCUCAGGCCAGCAGGUGCAGACACUCCAGGUAGUCCAGGGGCAGCCUCUGAUGGUCCAGGUGAGCGGUGGACAGCUCAUCACAUCAUCAGGGCAACCCAUCAUGGUGCAGGCCAUGUCAGGGGGUCAGGGGCAAACCAUAAUGCAGGUCCCUGUAUCUGGAGCUCAGGGACUACAGCAGAUCCAGCUGGUGCAGCCGGGUCAGAUCCAGUUGCAGGGCGGUCAGACUCUCCAGCUCCAGGGCCAGCAGGGUCAGGCCCAGCAGAUCAUCAUCCAGCAGCCCCAGACAGCCAUCACUGCUGGACAGAACCAGGGGCAGCAGAUCAGCGUGCAGGGCCAACAGGUGGCACAGACAGCUGACGGGCAGACCAUCGUCUACCAGCCCGUCAAUGCAGAUGGUACUGUCCUGCAGCAGGGAAUGAUCACAAUUCCAGCUGCCAGCUUGGCUGGCGCCCAGAUUGUACAGGCAGGAGGUGCCAACACCAACACCACUAACAGCGGCCAAGGCACUGUGACCGUCACCCUGCCCGUCUCUGGCAACAUGGUCAAUGCAGGUGGAAUGGUCAUGAUGGUGCCUGGAGGCGGCGGAGUUCCCACGAUGCAACGUAUCCCCCUGCCAGGGGCUGAGAUGCUCGAGGAGGAGCCUCUCUAUGUCAAUGCCAAACAGUACCACCGCAUCCUGAAGCGAAGACAGGCCCGGGCAAAGCUGGAAGCUGAGGGGAAAAUCCCCAAAGAAAGGAGGAAAUACCUGCAUGAGUCUCGCCACCGUCACGCUAUGCAGCGUAAACGAGGAGAUGGAGGACGUUUCUUUUCCCCCAAGGACAAGGAGGAAAUGGCUUUGGCUCUGGCACAGCAGCAGCAGGACGUAAGCCAGGCAGCAGCAGAUGAGACAGUGGCUCAGAUGAUCCGAGUCUCAUAGCACUGUCGCCAACUUCAUCGCUUCUGUCUGUGAAAUCUGCCCUUCCUGAGAUUCAUCAUCCCAGCCAAACCAUCUUCUGCACCUUCUUCUCUCCCCUUUUCUCCCCCCUGCCCCACCAUCAUACACCAAACGAAAGCUCCACCACUGAGUUUCCUGUUAUUUUUCUGCUUCUGCACUGGUCUUCCAGGGGGCUGGCCAUGUGGCUGCUGAGCCUAUGAACUGGUCUUCUUCUCUGAAAUGGAAAAGGAUGCUUCCAUGCUCAGCUUUACUGGUCAGGAACUUAGGACCAGCUUUUUUUUAUCUUCAUAAGGAUUUGUUUGGACAAUAAGGAAACAUGAAGUCAUGGGUAACCAGGGUCAGUCACACAGAGGAAAUGACAGCUGUGAAGCCAUACUCUGUCAGACCCUAGUCUGUUAAAAAAAAAUAGGAGAAUUUGUCACUAGUGGAUAGUUGUUGCUUUAAAUAUUUUUUGUAAAUGGUACUGUUUUUUCCCCAGAGACACCCAGUAAACCUUGAUGCUACUUUUGUGUCCUUUAUCUUUUAUGUGAUGAUUUAUUUUUUAUUUUUUCAACCCAUGUAUUGUGGAGGAUGGACUCUGCAUCUGAAGUACAUCCUGCGUGCACCGAGCAAAGACAGAAAUGUGAUACUAAUGUGAAGAUGUUGUACAGAAAUUCUUUUCUUCACCAGUGUGUAUUGGAUGUACUUACCAAUUUGCCCAAUUCAGUGGAUGAAUUUUAUACAAUUUGUAGUCAAACUUAGUGUUUGUAGGGGAAAAAAAGGCUCAAUGUUGCAUCUCAUUACAUAUUCUGUCCAUAUAGUUACUUCUUCAUCGGUCAGUCCACCAAAGUGUUUGGUUAUUUCAUUGUAGAUAAUAGCUUUUUUUUAGCCAUCAGAUGCAUUAUUGCAAUGUUAUUUUUUUUUAUAAUGAAAAAAGGUUGGUUUUCAAAUUCAUGAAACCUAUGUCAAUUAAAUUUUAAUAAGUGACUCAA